AUGGCGCUGUUGUGGAUCCUGCUUGGCUUGAGUGCCUGUGACUCCCUCGCAGAGCCAGAGCUGUGCAGCGGCGAUGGCAUGCCUUCUCAGGGAGACCACUGCUUUUCAGGCGGCUUGGCGGGGGUGCACUUGAGGAUGGCCAGUGAGGCCACGGGCACCCUUACCGUAAAGUUCGUGCAGGAGAAGAAUGAAGCGGAAUGUCGGGGAAUGAGUCUCAAUCUGAAGGGCGUGGAGCUUGCUGGCAACAGGAGCCGCUGUCCACUUUUGGACAAGUACGAGGCAAAGUACUGCUCGGACCAGGACAAGCUCCUGGUGAACUUCACAGAAGCAAAUCGGACUGCUGGACUGGUGAACUUCACGAGAGCUGUCCUGGCCAUUGACAUGAGUCGAGCCAAUUGCAGCAUGCUGUUCCGCAAUGUGACCCACCACGCACACGACGCUGGCAAAGCGGAACAGAUGAGUGGCAAAAGUCUGAGCCUCCGGGGCGAAAAGGCCAAGACCUCAGCGGGUCGAGUUUGCUGCGAGCACUUCUCCACGUCGAGGCCCUCGUCCUUCUCUGAUGCAAUGCAGGCAAGGGAGAACUGUGAGCAGGCUUAUGGACCUUGCUCUCACCAGUACAUCCACUACCAUAUUGACAACACGCACGUGCUCAAUUGCUUUGGCCGCCACUGCUGGGGUGGCUGA